CUCACACCCAAGCAACAGGAAAUGCCGGAUGGCUCAGCUGUGGUGACGACAGGUUAAAAGAAAGUAACACAUCCAUGAGUAACGUUACAGCUCGGAGCUGCAUUUUGUUUUCUGUUUUCCGUUAAAGCACCGCGAUGGCUGGCACCGCGCUAAAGAGACUCAUGGCCGAGUACAAACAGCUGACCCUGAACCCACCAGAGGGGAUUGUAGCAGGUCCGGCCAAUGAGGAGAACUUCUUCGAAUGGGAGGCUCUCAUCAUGGGUCCCCAGGACACGUGUUUUGAAGGUGGAGUGUUUCCGGCCGUCCUCAGCUUCCCGUCCGACUAUCCUCUCAGUCCUCCCAAGAUGAGGUUCACCUGCGACAUGUUCCACCCCAACAUCUACCCAGACGGCCGUGUGUGCAUCUCCAUCCUCCACGCCCCCGGAGACGACCCCAUGGGCUACGAGAGCAGCGCCGAGAGAUGGAGCCCCGUCCAGAGCGUGGAGAAGAUCCUGCUGUCUGUCGUUAGCAUGUUAGCAGAGCCGAACGAUGAAAGCGGAGCUAACGUAGACGCGUCUAAAAUGUGGCGCGAGGACCGAGAGCAGUUCUACAAACUCGCCCAGAAGAUCGUACGCAAGUCGCUGGGCCUCUAGAGAUGAUGUCAUCACCCCGCGCCGCCCGGCGUGGCGCUCUGUGUGUGCGUGUCUUCUCCUCUUUUCUUUUUCUUUUUCACUCUGAGAACAAACGUGCAGCGACGGCGAAGGUCUGAGCCACACACAGGGCGCCGCCCGCGGAAACGUUUGGAUCCACUCAGAAUCCAACAGUUACUAAACUUUAAAUCUACCGAAAGUCGACAGAAGAAGAAGAAACCGGCCAAUCGCUCCACACCGACAGCAGCGAGAUGUCUUCAUGUCACUACCAAUUAAAAGUGGAGAUAUUUAAAUAUGCAAAGUAAAACUCGUCUUCAUCACA